AAAGUAAGAACUCCAUCCAUAGAGUUUUUGCACCACAUAUUGCACUAUAAAUAUCAAAUGCCCAAUCUUGUUUUUCAUCACACAUUAUCUUUUUCAUUCUUUAUCCACAUACAAAACUUCCCAAGAUGGUCGCACUUAGUGUGAAAAAGAAUCUACUAACCCUUGUUCUAGUCGGAAUCCUAGCCGGAUUUGUGCCUGGAUAUGUGAAGGGUCAAAAUUGUGGUUGUGCAGCAAACCUAUGUUGCAGCCAAUUCGGCUAUUGUGGCACCGGCAAUGACUACUGUGGCCCGGGCUGCAAAGAAGGUCCUUGUACUUCUGGAUCACCUACUACACCUACUACACCUACUACUAAUGGUGGUUCUGUAGCUGAUAUUGUGACCCAAGAUUUCUUUAAUGGGAUAAUUAAUCAGGCUGAUGCAAGCUGUGCAGGAAAGAACUUCUACACAAGAGCAGGUUUUCUUGAUGCUCUCAAUUCGUAUAAUCAAUUUGGAAAUCUCGGUUCUGCAGAUGAUUCCAAGCGUGAAAUUGCAGCUUUCUUUGCUCAUGUUACUCAUGAGACUGGACAUUUUUGCUACAUAGAGGAGAUCAAUGGUGCCUCACAAGACUACUGUGACGAGACCAACACACAGUAUCCAUGCAACCCUAACAAAAAAUACUUUGGCCGUGGACCACUUCAGCUAACAUGGAAUUACAAUUACGGGGCAGCUGGAACUAGCCUUGGAAUCGACUUAUUAAACUCUCCUGAAACUGUUGCUACAGACGUGACUGUUUCUUUUAAGACCGCCUUGUGGUUUUGGAUGACCAAUGUUCGUCCAGUUGUAAGCCAAGGUUUUGGUGCAACCAUUCGAGCCAUCAAUGGUGCCAUUGAAUGCAAUGGUGGAAACUCCGGUGCUGUCCAAGCACGUGUCCAGUACUACACUCAAUAUUGUAACCAACUUGGUGUUGCUCCAGGCGAUAAUCUCACUUGCUAGGAGCCUAGGAGCACCAUUUGUGUUCUUUUAAGUACCAAUGCUUGUUUAGAUUUGAUAUAUGGAUUUGAUGUUAAUAAUUAAUGCCAACUAGCCUCGUUGGUAAAAUUGGGUUCAAGUUUCACUUGCACCCUACUCCAAAGAAGAGAAUUAUCUCUCAUUGUAUAGCCCAUAGUUUCAAUGGGCAUAUAAAUAAAGAAAAUAAAGAGUAUUAUAAUUUAUAUUCA